CGAGCAUCCUCUCUGAGACAGCCCAUGAGCAAGGCGCAGAGUUGUGGAAUUUGCUCCUCAUUUUGCAUACUGGCACGGUGCUGGUAAUGGAGCUAAAGGCAUCUUUUGUGUGAUUGCUCAACGGGGAAUGAUGUCAUGGGUCUUUAUCAGUUCUUCCAGAUAAAGAGCUAACUAUACUGCUCUGCAGGAGCCGACAAGGUGCUGGGGGCAGAGCAGCUGGGUUCUCAAAGAAGCAGUGGCCAUCACCAUGGACACAAGCCCGGACUUGGCCUUCUUCCCCGGCAAUCACUGGCUCUACUUCUCUGUGUACCUCUUCACCUUCCUCGUGGGCCUCCCUCUCAACCUGGUGGCCCUGGUGAUCUUCCUGGGCAAGCUGCGGCGGCGCCCGGUGGCCGUGGACGUGCUCUUGCUCAACCUGACCAUCUCCGACCUGCUCCUGCUGCUCUUCCUGCCAUUCCGCAUGGUGGAGGCGGCCAGCAGCAUGCGCUGGCCCCUGCCCUUCAUCUUCUGCCCCUUCUCCGGAUUCCUCUUCUUCACCACCAUCUAUCUUACUUCCCUCUUCCUGGCAGCUGUGAGCGUCGAGCGCUUCCUGAGCGUGGCCUACCCCCUAUGGUACAAGGCCCGGCCAAGGCCUAGACAAGCCGGCCUGGUCAGUGGGGCCUGCUGGCUCGUGGCCGGCGCGCACUGCAGCGUGGUCUACAUCACUGAAUUCUCAGGGAACUCCCCCUACAGCCACACCAACAAUGACACCUGCUACUUGGAAUUCCAGGAGAACCAGCUGGCUAUUCUCCUGCCCGUCAGGCUGGAGAUGGCUGUGGUCCUUUUCGGGGUGCCCCUGCUCAUCACCAGCUACUGCUACGGCCAUCUGGUAUGGGUGCUCAGCAGGGGAGCCAGCCACCGGAGGCGGCGGAGGGUGGUUGGGCUUGUGGCAGCCACCCUGCUCAACUUCCUCGUCUGCUUCGGGCCCUACAAUGUGUCUCACGUCGUGGGCUACAUCCGGGGUGAAAGCCCAGCGUGGAGAAGUUAUGUGUUGCUUCUUAGCAUCCUGAAUUCCUGUGUCGACCCCCUUGUCUACUACUUCUCAUCAUCCGGAUUCCAGGCUGACUUUCACGGGCUGCUGAGAAGGCUGACUGGGGGCUGGCGCCCCUGGAGGGAGGAGGGCAGCCUGAAGCUGAAAGAGAAGAAUGAGGAGGGGCAGCCGCGGGAGCUGUCCAACGUAGAGAGCAGGGAGUGGACUCCAGAGGGCUGUGGAGUGGGUGCCUGAGCUGCCUAGCACUUCCCAGCUUGA